AUGUGUAAUAAUGAUAAAACAUAUAGUAGUUUAAAAUGUAUUAUAAAUAAUAAUUUAUUGAGACAUAGAAUAUUUAGAGAGGUUCAAUUCAUACAUAGUCACUUAUCAACGUUGAAGAAGGAAAUAACAGAUAGAGCGCAAGCAGAGGAGAAGAGCAACAACCAAUUCAGCUCAAUCUUUUUCAAGAAAAGAGAUAGAGUUGUAAUGAGAUACAAAUGGGUCGAUAUUAUAAAGGAUAUCAGACUAUUGACUUUGUUUAAAUGUUGGGAGUACGUUAAAACAAAGUUCAUCUUCGAACAAGAAGAAAAGUACAAGAGAGACUUUGCAGAGGUCAGAGGAUUCGUAAUUCCUGAUUUAAAGAGAAUCAUAAAGUAUGCUUCAAGAGAUCGUAGAAUGGAUGUUAUUGAAACCAUCUAUACUCGAUAUAAAAGUAUUCAUCAUGAAGUCACCUACUACAUCCUCCACUAUGCUUCAUUGUAUGAUAUCAAGAAUCAAAGAGACUAUAUUAUUACAACACACAACAACAUCAAUGAAAGAAUAUUAGAUUCAGUCAUACAACAUUAUCAUUCAGAUUGUCCUCAUAUUGAUUCGGAAGAUGAAGAGUAUCCUUUUGAAGAGUCGUUCUCUGACUUGUCGUUUAAACAACAAGAUACAUUUACAACAUUUCGUUAUGAUCCAGAUGGACAUCGAUGGAAUAUAGAUGAAAACGUGGAAUUAAAGGAUGGUAUUACAUUCGAGAAUGUUGAAGGGUAUUUGAGAAAGGCACUUGGAAACAACAACUUGGCAAUGACACAACAACUCUUUUCACAUUCGUUGGGUCUCGCUCUUAACCCAUCGGUUAUUUUACGUACCACUAUUGACAAUCUUGCUUGGAUGACAUUGGAUGUAUUCAAGAUAGCCUUUAUCGAUGGUGGUCUAAAGACAUCGUUGUUGGGUACAAAAGAUAAUUGUUUGUCGAUUUUGGAAGAGUGUAUCAAAAACAAAACCAACUCUAAUGAUACCAAUCAAAUCUUUUGUUUGGAUAAAUCACUAAAGAGACUAUUGGAGAAACAAAUAUCACAUUUUAAAUCAUUUGAAAUGUUAAAGUUUAUUCUAGACAAUAAUCCUGAUUUUAAAUUGGAUUAUUCAUCGUAUGGGUAUACUCAACAAGACGUCUUUAAUCUAUUUGUCAGUCACAAAAGAUCAAGACUUCUUCCACAAGUAGUUAGAUAUCUAGAAUCAAAAGGUAUUAUUUCAUCGAUUCGAGACGUCGAUUAUAACCUACUCACGGUUUAUCUACAACCAAGGUUACCGGUAGAUUCACCCGACCCCGUUCACAUUGAUUUAGAUUUUAUCAUUCAUCUUGUUGAAUGUGGUCAUUUACCAACUGAAGCACUCUACCAACAAUGUAUAGAACAUGGUAAUAUAAUGGAUGUAACAAGGUACUUGGCAUUUAAUGGUAAAUGUAAAUUAGUUGUCAUCAAGGACAUGGUCACUUGUACAAUGUCUCUUGUUAGACCACACAUUUUAGAAUUAGUUAUUUCGGUUCAUGGUCUAGAUACAAUUGCUCCAACCAUCAUUUCAAAACUCAAAGACAGAAAUCAAGAUAUCUUCAACAACAAUCCAAAUCAACCAAUCCUAAAUCCCGCUUCAAUUGAUCCAUUUGAUUUAUCUCUAUAUUACAUCAACUCACUUUUAUUUAAAUAUAAUAUAACUAUUAAAAAAUAA